AUGAGGGAUGCGGCGAGAGUGGCACCGGCCGAGACGUGUCAGGAGGAAGGUCCCAAGGACGGGCAAGUGGCCGCAACCGCGAGAAGCCUUGGUUUGCCAGAGUUCCUCGGUCUGCUUGCGUGCGGGGAUGACGCCACCCUGCGCGUAACAGCCCUGGAGUCAGUGAACCGCAGCGUUUUCGAGACGACGGAGAAGGAGGCCAUCAUGCUGUUCAGCAAAGUCAUCCUAAUGCUCAACGACCCCGUUUGGGAUGUCAAGCGAGCUGCAAUCCAAUUGCUUUCUGAGCUGGCUCCGCGAUUCGACCUCGACACGCUGCGCAGUUUGAAGCGAUUGCUCGUUUACCCUGUACAGACGAUGAUUGCUUGCGUGCUGAAGCCUGUGGAUGCAGAGGGCUACUGCCGGCAGGUCCUUGGUGACCGAUCGACAGUUCAAGCUGGUGUGAGUCGUCAAGGACGACUUCUUGAGUUUCUUGAUGCAAGCUUACAGGCAGACCGGGAGAUUGUCCUGGCAGCCGUGAAGCAGGACGGGGAAUCCUUGAAGUAUGCGCAGCAGAACUUACAGGACGACGACGAGAUCGUGCUCGCCGCAGUCGCCGAGUGCGGACCUGCGGUUGAGUUUGCCAGCCGGGAGAUCAUUGCCAGACACGCGGGUCUCCGGGCACUGCGUGAGGGACGAGGUCUCUGCUUGUGCGGUGACUACGUGGUGUUAGAGGACCUCGGCCAGGGUGCCUAUGGCAAGGUGGUCAAAGCUGAGCACCCGGGAACCCAGCGCCUUGUGGCCAUCAAGAAGAUGUCCUACGACCCUGAUGGGCGAGGAAGGAGUAUCCCGGCCUACGCCGUGCGGGAGGUGUCGCUGCUGCGCAAGUUCACUCAUCCCAACGUGGUGCAGCUCCUCGCUGUGUAUAUGGACCGGAGCGACAUUCGGCUGGUCUUCGAGUUUCACCCGGCUGACCUUCACAAGGUGAUCACCCAGUGCAAGCAGGGUUCUUGUGACCUGCCGAUCACGGAAGUUAGACAAUACGCCACGAACAUCCUGGAUGGCCUGUAUGCAUGCCACAGCAGGCAAAUUCUUCAUCGCGACCUUAAGCCCGAGAAUAUACUCCUUGGCGCCGACGGCGUCCUGAAGAUAGCAGACUUUGGCCUGGCGCGUGUGAACCAGCAGCAGCAAGCAUUGACCCAGAAUAUGGCGACGCUUUGGUACAGGAGUCCAGAACUCCUCCUGGGCGCAGAAGGCUAUGGAUUUGAAGUGGACUGCUGGUCGGCAGGCUGUGUGAUCGCUGAGAUGUGCACCGGCCAGCCGUUGUUCCCAGGAGACUCCGAAAUUGGCACUUUGAUAAGGAUCUUCCAGCUUCUGGGCACGCCGUCACAAACGAAUUGGCCGCAGGGCACGCAGCUCCUCCAUUUUAAAGACAAGUUUCCGAAAUGGCAAGCAAGAGGCCAGGGCCUUAAACUCAUUCUCGGUGUGCGGCAAGAAGUCUGCGCUCAUGAAGGAGAUCAACUCCUCAGCGGCCUACUUUGCUUGCAACCCUGCCGACGUCUUUCAUCAAGACAAGCAUACCGUCAUCCCUUCUGCUUGCGCCACGACUGA